AUGGUCAGAGCGCUCCUCAUCGCCGCCCUAGCCUGUGCGGCCCUCGCAAUCCCUGUCCCCGUCCCCGUCCCCGUCCCGGCCGACGGCCCCGCUUUGGCCGACGACGGUUCCAUCCCCACAACGGAAGAGCUCGAGGACCCGGCCCUCGCGGUCCCCGCCCAGGCUGACGACGCUGCGAUUCCUGACGCUAUGGAGUGGGCGUCGGUGGAUAACGGUGAUGAAGGUGGUGUUGAGGGUGUCUCCGAACCCAAACUCCCUGUUCAGAGGCGGGUUGUCGAUACCGAUGAUCUUGAUACCAGUGCCCUUGACACCAGCUCUCUAAACACCGACCCCCUCACCACCGUCCUCAACACUGACUCCCUCAACACCGAGUCUCUCGAUACCAGCUCUCUGAACACCGACUCCCUCGCCUCCACCCUGCCCACCUCCACCAACACCAAGCGCAGGAGUGCCGUGAUGUGGUGA